CUCGCAGUGGAAGAUUGAUGGUCCGUACGUGGUGUUAUUCUUCCUAACUUUAAAGGAUGAGUUGUCUUAAGAAUUUUACAAAUCGAGUACAGACAUUAAACAAUCAAUUAAAACAGACAGUGGACAGAGACUCAUGCAGCGAAGGUCAGCAGAGGGGGUCAGGGGGGAUUCCUCUGGCCAGGAAGAUGUGUUAUGCUGUGGGUGGGGUCCCAUAUCAGAUUACCACAGUAGCUAUAGGUGUUUCCCUGCAGAUUUUUCUUCUGGAUGUUGUGCAGAUGGAGGCCUCUUAUGUUUCCAUGAUUUUAUUUGUGAGUCGGGCCUGGGAUGCUGUGACUGACCCUCUGGUGGGAUAUCUGGUGAGCCGCAGUCACUGGACACCCAUCGGCAAACUCACUCCAUGGCUGGUUCUUUCCACUCCGUUUGGUGUCCUGUCCUAUCUGCUGCUGUGGUUUGUGCCACAGGGCUCACUGUCUCAGGCUCUCAGUGUGCUGUGGUUCCUCACAGCAGCCUGCCUGUUCGAGACCCUCAUGAGUUGCUACAACGUUCCUUACCUCUCACUCAACAUGUUCCUGGGGGGAGAUCACAGAGACAGAGACUCUGCCACAGCCUACAGGAUGAGUGUGGAGAUGGUGGCGAUGCUGUUGGCUUCUGUAAUUCAAGGUCAAGUCGUAGCUGUGUACAACACAGAAAAGCAAGAGGCCUGUCAACAUCUGGACCAUGAAACACCUCAAAGCACAUCUUCCCCACAAACUGCAUCUCUUCAGGAAACGCAAAAGGCUUUCCUGACCUCAGCUCUGAUCAUGGGUGCCUUGUUUUUCCUCUGCAGCCUGGUUCUGUUUCUGGGGGUGAAGGAGCAACGGGCCCCUCUCUCCUCUGAUGGCAAAGUACGACCGUCCUAUCUGACCUCACUGAAGAUGCUGAUAUGCCAUAUUCCUUACCAACGACUAGUGCUUGGCUUUGUGUUCAGUGCACUUGCAUUUCAGAUGUCCUUGGGUAAUUUUGCACUUUUUUGCAGUCAUGCAGCUGGGCUGGGAGCCCAGUUCCAGCACCUCCUACUGGUUCUACUGACUUCUGCCUCAAUAGCAGUUCCUCUGUGGCAAACAGUUCUUCUGAGAAUAGGAAAAAAGGCCACAGUUUUCAUUGGACUAUCACUCUUCAUCCCAGCAGUGAUUAUAGUUGCCUGUGUUCCCAGUAACCUGCCAGUCUUCAUGACUAUGUGCAUUCUGAUGGGAUUCAGCGUGGCGACCAUAUUCUUGCUACCCUGGUCUAUGCUCCCAGAUGUGGUGGAGGACUUUGCCAUGAGACAUCCCUCCUGCAAAGACCUGGAGCCUCUGUUUUUCUCCUGUUAUGCCUUCUGCAGUAAGCUGGCGGGAGGCCUGUCUGUUGGGAUCUCAACCAUGACAUUACAGUUUGUGGGCUACAGAGCGGGUGCGUGUAACCAUGGUGACGGAGUGGGGAUGGCUCUGAUUGUGCUGUUCUCACCAGUUCCUAUCGCACUUCUGCUGAUAGGGAUGGUCUUUUUUCACUCCUACCCAAUCAAUGAGAGGCAGCUCCGGGAACAACUGACCACAAUUCACCCAGAAGGCUCAUCAGAGCAGCAGCCCCAUGCUGGCGUGACAUCAACUUCACAUCAUAACACAGUCAAGUCAAAUGUAUCACUGUGUUGUUACAAUCAUGAUAAUAAAUCCUCAUUCAAGUUAUCUGUCCUUUCAAAUGUAUCAAAGAGCCCUUCUGGAGAAAACAGCAGACCUGAAUCAGUUGUCCAGUCAAAUGUAAAUCCUCAGUGUCAUAAGCAGAGACUCGGUCCAUACCAGCACUCAGGAGAAGAUAAAUUGGGAAGAAGUUUUCCUGAGAAUGAUCCCGAGCCUUUCUCUAGCAGGUCAAACGUGAGAUCCAAAGUGUCGUGGGUAUAGUAGGACACCUUAAAGCGACAGUUUGAAAUUUUGGGAGAUAUGCUUUUUUAAUUUCUCAUGUCUGCUCGCUAAAUAUGAAGCUACAGCCAGCAGCCAGUUAGCUUAGCUUAGCAUAAAGACUGGAAACAGGGAAAGAGCUAGUCUAGCUUUGUCCAAAGGUCUGCCUACCAGCACCUAUACAGUUCACUAAUUUACAUGUUAUAUCUCUUUUGUUAUAUCUGUACAAAAAAGUGUAGAAAUGACAAUUUGUUUCACAAGGAGUUAGGUGCUUGCUGUCACUGUGAGGUUGCUAGGUAACCAGUAGAGACUCCCAGAAGUCCCUGCCAAGAAAUCACUCCAGAACAAAACUUUCUUUAUAGAUGCACUUUUCAUCUCACUUUAAUGUGGCCUACUUUUAUGACCACAUUCCCACAAAUUUUGUGAAAACUGCUCAAUUGAAAGGAAUAUUGCUUUGUGCCACAAAUCACAAUCAGAAUCACAAUCUUUUUUCCCCAAUUCAUAAUUCUACCUGCAUGUAGUAGUAUGCCUUUCAUGUUAACAUAACAUUUCAGUGUGAUUACAUUUUUGGGCCCAAAUGACAGAAUCUGGAUCCCGCCCCCCUUUCAGCUUAAUCUGAAAAUGAACAGCUGUGAAAUAUUAUUAUAUUAAGUACUUAAUACUGAUUGGUUGAGAAACACACCAAAUAUAAGUGAAUAUGUUUAAAAAAAAAAUUACCAACUGGGCCUUUAAAGUUUGGCUGCAGUCUUGCUGUAAUGAAAAGUCCUGAAAAUAAUUGAAUAUUCCCUCCAGUAUUUUGAGGCAGCUUUUUAAAAUUGUAUCACAUAUGUUCUGUUAUUUUGGAGAGGAGGCUUUUUCUGUCCUUGUGAUUUAUGUUGACAAAGUUGUAGUAGCCCACUCUUGUUGUCAGUGUUUGCCCUACAUGCUUGAAAGUUGCAUGAAUAGCUCUAUUUUUAACACUACGCUUGUAAAUUUCCUAUGCUGACAUUCACACUCCACUGUAAAACAUCUGCACCUGUGCUUGCUCAAAUAAAUAACUUUUUUUUAGGAGUCA